AGUGGGAGAAAAGAGAAACGAGCGCUCGCUCACUCAUUUUUAGUCUUUUUAAUUUUUCUUCCUUGGCUUGUUCAUCGCCAUCAUUAGCAACAAAGGUAACAGACCCCCCACCUUCUUCAAGUUUGAUUUUUUCUUCAAAUUUCAACUACCCAUGAGAGAGCUACUAGUGAGAGAAUAAAGCUACUACACAUUUACUUGCCCUCUCCUCUCCUCCUUUCCUCGUGCGUGCGUCAGAUCUUGGUUUCUGAUUUACAGUUCUGUUAAAUCUGAGAUGGGUUCUUCUCUGAUUAGUUCGGGGAGUAAGAAACCAUGAUCUAACUCAAUUUCCUAACCAGAUUUGAGCUUCCAGCUUAAUUUUCUGAUUUGGGUUCCGUUCGCUUUUCCUUGCGGUCCUCUGUUUCAUUACCAUUUGGCUUUUUAGUUUAAGAAACUGAGAAAUCCUUGCAUUGUUACGAAUUCUGUGAUCAGAUUUGAAGUUCCAUUUGCUAAUCUGAUCUGUGUUUUCCUUUGUUGUACUGUAAUUCUAAUUCAAUGGAAGAAGGUCGAGCAUUAGUACAUGUGUGCAAGUUCUGUAGCAAGAGGUUUCCUUGUGGUAGAUCCUUGGGAGGCCAUAUGAGGUCUCAUUUGAGCAAUAAUUCAGCUGAAACAGAAGGAAAACUCAGCAAAAUAAAGCUCUCCUCUUUCAACACUGGCAGAAACCAGACAAAUACUGAGAUGGGUUUGGAACCUGGGACUCAUGCUGGCUAUGGCCUCAGAGAGAAUCCCAAGAAAACUAGGAGGCUUGCAGAUUCAGGUGGAGAGGCUUCACUCUUUGACAAGUUCUGCAAAGAAUGUGGAAAAAAGUUUCAGUCUUGGAAAGCUCUCUUUGGUCACAUGAAGUGUCACUCAGAAAAAGAGAAGAAUUCCAAUAGCUUGGAGGAUCAGGAUUCAUUGACCAGUGCCAACCAGAAGCUGGCCAUGGACAGUCAAUCCGACAAUGAAACCGCAGCUCCAAAUCGGAGGAGGAGAUCGGAAAGAAAAACAAGGUACACGGCCACUGAAACCUCUUCUUUUUCUUUAGCCAAUGCUUCCUCUUCUGCUUCUGAGAUUGAGCAAGAACGAGAAGAGGUUGCUAUGUGCUUGAUGAUGCUUUCUAGGGAUGUGGGUCAUUGGGGUGGUUUGAAUUCUUCUGCUGAGUCUUCUGAUAAUAAUUCCGUGUUCUUAGAAACUCCAGAAUCUUUUCAAACUAACCCAAUUUCCAAAAUUGAGGGCAAGAUUUCUGUCUGUAAUGGUAGUGAGAAUGAGAAAGUGAAGAAACUCAGUUAUAAGAAGUUGGAGCCUGGUAAUUUGGAUUCUGAGGAUCUCAAAGGGAGACGGUCAGAGUUCUGUACUUCUGGCAAUUCAAGAAGUCGGUCUAGAAGAAACAAAACUGAAGCUUCAAAUGAUGGGUUUUUCAAUGAUGACAUGAUAAAGACAUCUCAGAUCGAUGAUCAAUUUGGAUUUGACGAUUCUGAAGUUGAAUUGGGGAAGAAUUUCUCCAAGGAGACUGCUUUAAGUCAAGCUCAAUUGGCUUCCAUUAAGUGUAACUCAAGCAAGAGAAAGUUCCACGAUUCCUAUGAUCCUGAAUUGAGAUCCGAGUCCUUGAAAAAUUUGACUACCAACUCUUUAGAGUCUGAAAUCUGCAAGAAUCCCCAUAGGAGGAGCAAAUUUGAGUGUACUACUUGCAACAAAGUCUUUCACUCAUACCAAGCUCUUGGAGGACACAGAGCUAGUCAUAAAAAGAUCAAAGGCUGCUUUGCUUCAAGGAUUGAGAGUAGUGAGAACAGCAUCGAAACCGAACUCUCUCCCGACCCUACUGCAGAUAGUAAGCUCGUGAAACUCUUCAAGAAUGAGAAUUCCAUUGACCAAGAAAUAGCUGCUGGUUGUGAUAAAAAGACCGAGACAAGCCAAGGGUCCAAGAAGAGUAGUAAGGGGCACAAGUGCCCAAUUUGCCUCAAGGUUUUUCCAUCAGGCCAAGCCUUGGGAGGUCACAAAAGAUCCCACUUGGUUGGGGGCUCUGACACUAGACACAAUCCUAUUCCUACCAUUGUGAUUCAGAAACCAGUCCCGGAAAUUCGGGACUUUCUUGACCUCAAUCUUCCUGCUCCUGUUGAAGAAGAGAGCAAUGACCAUGUUGGGUUCCCGCCGUGGUGGGUGGGAAGCACCCACAAGCACGAAGCCCUCGUGAAUUGGAUCUCUAAUCGAAUUUCUUAGUCCUGGCCACGGUUUCCACUAAAGAUUCCCCAAGUGUAUACACAGACACAACAAGUUUCUGGAUACUAUUUCAUUAAUUCUUUCAAGUAUUUCACCUAGUCAUUCCUGCUCACUGCCUUCAACUAGGCCAUCUUUGAAUUUCAUAGAUAAGUUUUUGUUAACAUUUUUUUUUUGUUUUAUCUGUCAAAGGAAUAAGCCACAUUUACUGCAUACUAAAUGCUCAUAUGAAUUUGUUUCAACUUGAAACUUCAGUUCUGUAAC